GUUUCGUUUACUACACAGUGGACUGUGUUAGACCUACCAGAGGAGACCAAGUAGUUACAGUAAGACAAAGAAGGUAGGGUACCCACCAAGUCUACACAUCUUCUCUUAGCAAUCAUGUAAAGACUUUAUCUUCUCCCUUCUUCUCUUUCUCAUGCUUGCUGCAAAAUCCUGUAUCUUGUUGAAACUUUUAAGAGUCAAUCUCUUGAUAUAGUAGCUUUAUGGAGCAAGCACAGUUCUGGAUGUGGACAAAGCGAAAACAGAGUUCCAGUUCUCAUAUCCAAGCUUCAACUCGCUCAUCAUAUGAUGAUUCAUGGGAAGAACAAGCUUUUGCAGAAGACGCAGCUGGACCUUUAGGAGGCUGUAUAUGGCCUCCAAGAUCUUAUUCUUGCAGCUUUUGUAGAAGAGAAUUCAGGUCUGCUCAAGCUCUUGGGGGUCACAUGAAUGUUCAUAGAAGGGAUAGAGCUAGACUAAAAGAAUCUCCAGGUCCCCAUAAUGAACUUCUUCAUCAUGACCAUCAAAACAAUCACAAUCUCUUUCAAAAUCAAUAUUCAUCUCUGGGUUUUCAAUGCCCAUCUCAGAUUUGUACCUUGGUUUACAGCCCUAACCCUAAUACUGAUCCUGGUGUAAUCGCAUCGCCAUCUUCAACUUCUAAGCUUUCAAUUACAUCCACUCAAGGGAAUUGUACUGAAAAGAACUUUUUCCCUUCUUUUUCUUCUUCUGCUUUCAAAGAAGAACCUGACAGGAAGAACCCCAGAUCUUCACCUCCAUCAUGGCCGAACUCUCCUAAGGACAGAUGUUACAGCAUCUCAGAUCCCAGGAAAGAAGGAGACAAGAAUUCAAGAAUCGUAGAAUCAGGAUGUAGAGCUAAGAUAGAUUAUGUCAAAACUGAUCUGUCAGUGAGCUUGAAUUUGGUUUUUCGACGAGCUUGCCCAGCCAUAUCAUCAGACGGUGAUGAGGAGGAGGAUGCUGUCUGCAAAAGAAGGAAGACAAGGCCAUCAUCAUUACCUUUCUUGAUGAAGUCGAAUUCAGUUGAUAAACAUCAUAUCCAGUCCGAGGUAAUUGAAAUUAGCCCUUGCUCUAUAGAGGAAUUGGAUCUUGAACUCAGGCUUGGCGACAGGCCUAAGGUAAAGUAGUUGCAGAACUCAAGCACCAUCGACAUAUAAUUAUAUAUUUUACUUGUCUCGUCUUCUUUACAUUUUGCUUAAUUCCCUCUUUUCUUGCUUUGAGUUUAUGGCAUCUCGUAGUGCUCAUGAAUUCACAAGGUGCAUGUAACAAUAAUAACAAGAAAAGUAUGACAGGAAAUCAAGAAAGGUUCAUCUAUAUAUCUUCACACUCUUUGUUAUUGAUC